AUGACUACCACACACGACAACAGCCCUCUCGCCCCGGCUCUCCAAGCACACCUCCGCAUCGCGCGUCCCACCCGCUCCAUCGCCCACCUCCUCCCCUUCUACACCACCGGCCUCGGAUUCCAGGUCAUCGGCUCGUUCCAGGACCACGCGGGCUUCAACGGUGUGAUGCUCGGCCACCCGCGCCUCCCCUACCAUCUCGAGUUCACCGAGCAGCACGGCCACGACCCCGGCCGCGCGCCGACGCAAGACAACCUGCUGGUCUUCUACCUCCCCGACGGGGAACUCUGGAGCGCUGCAGUCAGCAACUUGGAACACAUCGGCUGCGUGUCAGUGCAAAGCUACAACCCCUACUGGGACGCCGCGGGCAAGACGUUCGAGGACGCCGACGGGUAUCGCGUGGUCCUGUGGAACGGGGCAUGGGCGCCCUUCUGA